AUGAGUAAAAUGAAAAUGAAGCUCACUUAAUCCACAAAAGACUUAUAAUCAAAUCAAGAUAAAAAGAAUUUACAUAAUUAAUCAUCUGAAAUAGAAAAGAUGAUGUCAUCACCAGAGGUUAAAAAGCUUGAAGCUUUCUUGUUUGAAUCAAUUACUACUAAAUAAAGACUCUCUAUGAGAUUUUCUUAAUUCACUCCUGUUCCUUCAAAAGUAAAUCAUAUUUUUGAGGAUGAAUUCAAUUGGAAUCAUAAAUUUGAUCAUUGA